GGUAACUUGGUAGACUAGUCCCAUAAUUUCUGGUCUACGCUGAGGAACCAUGGCGAGGAAGAUGCUGCUGAGCUGGAUUGUCACCUUCACCCUCCUCCACGCCACGCUCACCCACAACCAAGAGAUUUCUGUAAACAACGGUGGUCCUUGGGGUGUGUGGGGAGACCUAGAAAACUGCCCACCUGGAACCGUAGCAACUGGCUUUGCUUUGAAGAAUGAGGGACCUCAAGGAAAUGGAGAUGACACUGGGCUAAAUGCGAUCAAACUGUUCUGUACAAAACCUUGUGAAAGAAUCAUUCAAGGAGAAAAAAUGUCGUUGGCUGGAAGUUGGGGAAGUUGGACUGAUAUUCAGUGGUGUCCCUCAGGGGUACUCAUCAGAUUUGCUUUGCAAGUUGAGGGGUCCCAGGGCAAUGGUGACGAUACUGCAGCCAACAAUAUCAAGUUCCAAUGCUGUGAUAAUAGUAUCCUGACAGGUAAUGGUGGAAGAUGGGGAACAUUUGGAGACUGGAGUGACAAAUGCCAAUCUGGAAUCUGUGGCAUCAAAACCAGUGUGGAGCCUUCCCAAGGAAAAGGAGAUGACACGGCCCUGAAUGGUGUGGUUUUCAGAUGCUGUUAAAAUCAGGAUCACAAUUAUAAAAAAAAAAAUUAAUAAGAAGAAUAAUAUGAAGAUUUAUUUGGAAUAAAAUGAUUCAUGAUAUUGUUUUAAAUAAGGAAUACUUUAACCACUUAAGGACCCCUUCACGCCGAUAUUCGCCUUUAAGAGCCCA